CACUCUCCUCCCACUGUGUUUCUGUCAUUUUCUGCUCGUUUCCUUUCGUUUUGGGAUCGUUUUGCCGACAUGGACCUACCGCUGACAAUCACACGACGGUCAGAAGAGUUUUUACGGAAUGUUUUGUUCGCUCGGACUCAGGCAGGAGCUUCCUCAAACGACCAGGACCCCGUUUUCUCACGCGACAAACGGGUUCUGUCCAACCUGCAGCUCCAGAUGUCGCUGUACUUUAACAUGUGGUUCUUCCCCUUGUGGUGGAUCAGUGAAACUGUAAUGCUGCACCUCAAGUAUCAUGCCAUAGGAGACCACUACAAGUUUGUCCUUGUGACCAUCCUUUGUCUGAUGACUUUGAUUGAGGCCAUUAGACUCUAUCUUGGUUACACUGGGAAUCUACAAGAAAAGCUCCCAGAGUUGGCAGGAUUUUGGUUGCUGACCAUCCUCCUGCAGUUUCCACUCAUCCUCUUUCAGCUCCUUAAUGAAGCCAUCCUCAUCCUGCCAUUGGAGAGAAGCGUUCACAUAAUCUUCACUACAUUCAUACUCACACAGGUCUUCUUUGGUUUUGCUGCACUCCGGGACAUCGUCAGGCAAAGAGAGCAAUUUGUUCUCCAAAAGUUUGACUGAACUUCGAUUUGCCUGCAGUCACACUAAGACUUUUCCUUCACCGUCACAUCAUGUAUUACAUGUUAAAACAUGGGUUGCUGCCCGUCACUGUUAACUAAAAGAAGUAUUUUUAAUAUAUGUAUUUUUGUACUUGAA